AUGCUCCUGCGGCCGCUGCGGGGCUGGGUCUGCCGGGCGCUGCGCCCGGAGGGGCCCGGGAAGCCCGGGUGGAGCCCGGGGCAGCGGGGAGCACAGCGCCGGGCCUGGCCUCGGGAUAAAGAAAACGAGAAAGAGAAAAAGUCAGUGGUGUGUGUUGAGGGCAAUAUAGCCAGCGGGAAGACAACGUGCCUGGAGUUCUUCGCCAACACGACAGACAUCGAGGUGUUUCCGGAGCCUGUGCCCAAGUGGAGAAAUGUCCGUGGCCAUAACCCUCUGGGUCUGAUGUACCGUGAUGCCUGCCGAUGGGGCCUCACCCUGCAGACUUACGUGCAGCUCACCAUGCUGGACCAGCACACUCGUCCGCAGACGUCGCCUGUACGGUUAAUGGAGCGGUCGAUUCACAGCGCAAGAUACAUUUUUGUAGAAAACCUGUAUAGAAGCGGGAAGAUGCCCGAAGUGGACUACGUGAUUUUGUCGGAAUGGUUUGACUGGAUCGUGAGGAACAUCGAUGUGUCCGUGGAUUUGAUAGUUUACCUCCGGACCACUCCUGAGACCUGCUAUCGGAGGUUAAAGAUGAGAUGCAGGGACGAGGAGAAGGUCAUCCCGGUGGAGUACCUGGAAGCUAUUCACCACCUCUACGAGGAAUGGCUCAUCAAAGGGAGCCUUUUCCCUGCAGUGGCCCCUGUUCUGGUGAUUGAGGCUGACCACGACAUGCAGAAGAUGUUAGAGCUCUUUGAACAAAACCGGGACCGGAUAUUAACUCCAGGGCAUCAGACACACGGUCCAUAG